AUGCAGUUGCUCUGGCCUGCAGUUGCCUUCCUGGCAAGCUUGCCGUUACCUGCAGCGGCAAAAUGUCAUCGUGCCAAUCCUUCGCUCAUUACUUCUGGUGCGCCAGGUCUAGCCAUCGACGGCCAAACUCCUACAAAAACUUCUUCGCUCGUUUCUUCCCCAUCGGUCAGCACUCAUGCGACGUCCUCAAUCGUUUCUCCUUCUUCAGUCAGCGGCUAUGCGACUAGUUCACUUGCUCUGGCGGCAGCUUCCGCCAGCCCUUCAAUUUCAGGUUCAUCCUUUUCAGGUUCACGGUCAUCAGGCUCUCUGAGUCCUAGUGAAUCAUCACCAAUCAGCUCAUCAUUGAUUUCGAUAUCCUCCCAGGAUGAAGCCACUCCUACAUCGCAAUCCGGUUCGACCACAUCCCUGACGGUCAACAGCGAUACGCUGGCCAGCUCGGGGUCUUCCAGCUCGAGCGAUUCUGCAUCAUCUAGCUUAUCUUUAAGCUCCUCUUUCUCGGAGACUUCAUCUGGCACAGAGUCCUCUGCGACUGGAACGCAAACGUACAGCUCGGCUGUGUCUUCCGGCUCGGCCAGUACGACUGAGUCUUCUGAUCAGGCAACAGUCACUACUUCUAGCACAAGCAUAACUGUCUCUGACACUUCAUCGGGUGCGACGGAAACUUCCAGCCAAGCUGUCUCGACAUCGUCGAUGCUGGCCUCGAGCACCGAGUUCAGUGAGUCGACUGCAUCCUCUGACUCGGCGACAAUCACCGAUUCUAGCACCGGCGCCACUACGACUGUGUUCCCCACCGAUGCAGUUGGCACAACGUCAGAGUUCGAUGGGCCAAUCACUCUUGAGGCUGCGCCAACCGUCACUCUCAUGCCAGCACCCCCUUACGGACUGGAUCAAGGAAGUCUUGACGUCGUCACUCCCGCUGAUACGAACGCGCUGUGGUAUACCUCUCCCGCCAACGAAUCAGCCGAAAUCACAGCCACCAUCAUGAGAUUGAACUUGACAUACCUCUACUCCUCGAUCGCCCUUGACCAGUCAAUCUACAUUGAGAGUGUGAUUUGCUCUGGAAGCACGAUCACCAUCACCUUCAAUGAGACGGAGAUCUUUUCAUACAUCAAGCCAAUCUGGCAGUCCUAUUCGCAGAUUCUCUUCAUUACGGCAGCAACGUCGUGUUCUGCAGAUGGUCAAAACGUCUUCUUCCUUACCGGCGGCUCUCCCGUCUGCCAAGAGGCCAUGUCUACAUGCACUGCUACUGGUUCGUUUGAGGAGCUAGCCGAUGUCUACAGCGAGAUGGGGGCCGACUGGGGCGCCAUCGAUGUUGAAGACUCAACAGCUACAACAACCACGACGUCCUCCUCAGCUUGUAGCUCACCUCCAGCCUCGGAAAUUUCUGGUCUCCCAGCCGCGUCGUGUGGCAGUGACUUUGAUUCCCUGCUCGACUCCAAAUUGGGUUUUUAUAGCGGCGACGACUCUGAUAUUGAUUCAGUCAUGGCACUGAUUGCCCCUGGAACACAAACCAAGUUGUCUCCGAGAGGUUUCUGGUCGUCGCUCAAGAAGGCCGUUAGCUCGGUCAAGGCUGCCGUGAAGUCUGUCGCGAAGACUGUUGCCACAGCAGUCGUCAAGGUGGCCGCCAAGGUAGUCACUUCGGCAGCAAAGUACGUGGUCUCAGCUGCCAAGUCGAUUGCCAAGACUGUUGUCACCAUAGCAAAGACAGUAUACAAUGUCGUCAAAUUCCUAGUCACGGGCGACUACAAUCAGACGUUCAACAUGAAUAUGAAUGUGGCCCCACCAGAUAGCCUGCUCGUCAAGUCACCUUGGGACGAUCAGCUCGGUUUCAAAUUCUAUCACUUUGCAGUUGACCCGAAGGAUAGCGGUUACAGCUUGUGGGACAAUGCUAUUGACCUAAUCACUGACGAGCUCGGAGCCAAUGCAAAGGCAGAACCCGGUGUCGACUAUUGGUGCAUCAACUGUGGAAUCAAGGGCAACAUCCAGGCAACAGGGACGCUCAAGGCCAACCUGGGUGGCAUUAAGAAUGCGGAAUUGAAGAUCAAUGGCAAUCUGUACGCUGGGCUAUUCGUUGGUGUUGAUGCAUUUGCCACCAUCAAGAAGAAGAACACCAAGACCCUGUUCAAGAGAGGACUGCCGGCGCUCACAAUUCCCAAGAUCUUUGUACUUGGUCCUAGUGUCAGUCUAGGUGUAUCUGCCGAAGCUCGUAUUGAGCUUAUUGGACGGGCUCUUGCCGGUGCCUCUCUAAACUGGGAGAAGAUCAAUGGCACAAUCAACUUCCUUGACAAGACAAAGACGGUCACAUCCGGUUUCACCCCCGUGCUGAACGGCACUCUGCAAACGACCAAGAAAUCCAAGAUCAUCUUGUCCCUGGGCCUGCCAGUCGCCAUCGAGUUUGGCUUGGACCUUUUGGAUGGCACAUGGAAAAAGGAGGCUUCCCUCACCGAGACACCGUCACUUCAGGCCGUGUUGGAUUACGAAGAGACGGUCAAGAUCAGCGGUACAACGGAGAAUGGCGGCUGCGGAAGUGUCGAUACAACGCCUAGCACCAAGUGCUACGGCGUCUACUGGAACAUCACGGCUGUCAACGAUGUCGAGUUGAAUCUAUUCGACGUUGUCGACUAUAAUCUGUUCCACUGGGAGAGCAAGGUCAUUGCCCAGGGCUGUGUUGGUACAUGGGCCGACAACAGUAGUUCGAUUGACACCUGUUCCAGCGACAACUCCACUUCUUCAACAUCCAGCGUAGCCACUAUCACGGCGACAACAAUUCAAACCUCGCCCAUGGCAACGACGGCGGCUCAAAUCACCACAUCGUCUACCGUCCUCAAGGCUAAUUUGACAACGUCCACCGCGGUGACCUCCACCACAGUGACCUCCACCACAGUGACCUCCACCACAGUGACCUCCACCACAGUGACCUCCACCACAGUGACCUCCACCACAGCAGCUUGCACAUCUUCUCAGGGAAUGAAGUGGGCCUACUAUAACGCUAGUGCCGUGAGCAGUGUUGAAGCCGUCAGCACCAUGGCACCGUUGGCGACUGGCCUCGCCCAGAACGGCAUUGGCAACUUUUAUGCAAACGAGGGCUCAACGCUCACUUACAUUGAGGGGUCCUCCACAUCGCUUUCUUCAAUCAGAUUCAUACUCGAUUAUGUUGGCUACAUCUACGCUACCACGUCUGGAACGUAUACCUUCUAUGCUUGGGGCGUAGAUGAUGAGUUCUACAUGUGGUGGGGCUCACAAGCGUAUAGCGGCUGGAACAGCACCAACUACAACAUCGACCAGAAGCUCUACGCUGGCUAUAAGACGGCCACUAUUACUCUCACGAAGGGCACCUACUUGCCGCUGCGGAUCUUGUACAGGCAAGAUACUGGACCCGGAUACUUCAAUAUCAAUCUUUACGAUCCCAAUGGAAAUGACUUGCUCAGUAUCGAGGAUACCAGUGCUGGCAAGCAGGCCAUCUUUACUAAUACUUGCGAUGGCCAGGCACCAGCCUUUCAGUCAUGGGGCAGCGAGUCUUAG